AUGCCGUUGAUGGUUGUGUGUGGAAACCCUUCCUCUGGAAAGAGCACUGUUACUAAAUACUUUUGUCAGUAUAUGAAAUCUAAAAGAACGCAGGAAGUUGUGGUAAUAUCUGAUAGUAAUAAUGGUUCAUUUUCUCGGACAGUAUAUAAUGAUUCACGCUUGGAACGAGACCAUCGUGCAGUAUUAAAGUCAGAAGUACAACGCUUGCUUUCAUCUAACUGUCUAGUCAUCUGUGAUUCAUUAAAUUACAUUAAAGGUUUUAGAUACGAACUAUUUUGCAUGGCAAAAUUUGUGCGGACAACUUUUUGUGUUUUGUAUUGUGAAGCUAACGAAGAUAUUUGCCAGCAGCUUAAUUUAAAGAAAGAUGAAAUAGAAAGAUAUGCUUCUGAUCAAAUAACUCAAUUAGUCGUGCGUUUUGAGAAGCCCAUAACAGCAAACAGAUGGGAUUCACCGCUUUUCACGAUCAAAAUUAAAGUUAAUGAUGAAAUCCAUGAAAUGCUUAACAAUAAUUCUGAACAUUUUUUGGAUGUUUGUGGACCCAAAGGCGAACAUUUAGCAUUGGAGGAUAUUUGUUUCUGGUUAUUCGAGGGUAAAAAAUUAAAAGCUAAUGAAAGUACUCGAACUACGCCGCUAAUGCCAGCUGAUUUUUUGCACACUCUUGAUCGUGUAACCCAAGAAAUCGUGGGAAGUGUGCUUGAGCAACAACAUUUUGCUAGACCGGGUGACACUUUCAUCGUACCAAAUUGUGCCACGGAUGAUGGAAAGGUUCUUUUUAUACGUCAGCGAUCUUUUGCUGAACUUUCAAGUUUGCGACGACAAUUCAUCACUUCUAUGAAAAUGCAUCCAAUAAAAAGUGUGCCCAAAUGUGCAAUGUUGUUCGUCGAUUAUCUAAACACUAAUCAGUAA